AUGGGCAAAUCCAAGGCUGCUGCUCAAGCUCAAGCUACUACAAAGGCGAAGCCUGCUGCGGCUGCUCCUGUAAAGGAGAAGAGCAAGAAGGACAAGAAAGCUGCCGCUCCUCCUCCUCCCAAGCCUGCCGAGUCGAGCGAUUCGUCCUCUGAAGACUCCUCUAGCGAGGAUGAGGCACCCAAGCCCGCAGCCAAGGCAAAUGGCACCGCUAAGGCGGCCCCAGUCAAGGCGGCUACCAAGGCUGCUACCAAGGCCGCUGAGUCUAGCUCUUCCGAGUCUGAUUCGGACUCUGAAUCCGACGAUGAGCCCUCUAAAGCUGCGGCCGUCAAGCCAAACGGCAAGGCCGCUGCCAAAGCCGGCAGCAGCGACUCGAGCGAUUCCGAGUCUGAAUCGGACUCUGAGCCUGCGAAACCCGCUGCUGUGAACGGCAAGUCUGCCCCUGCAAACAAGGACGAUAGCUCAGCAGCGAAUCGAGCGAUUCUGACGAUUCCGACUCGGAUGACAAGCCGGCCAAGGCAAAGGCCGCUGCUGCUAAGCCUGCGGCCAAUGGCAAACCUGCUGCUGCCGCUGCAAAGGAAGAUAAUCGAGCGACUCGCUUCACCUGUCAAGACCGCUGCUGCCAAGGCUAAGGAUUCGGACUCGAGCAGCGACUCAUCCGACUCGUCUGAGGAUGAAGAUGGUGAUGUUGCCAUGAAGGAUGCUCCCGCAGCUGGUGCCAAUGGCAAACGCAAAGCCGAAGAGCCCGCCCAAACACCCGCCAAGAAGGCCAAAACCGACACUGAAGCAGGAGAAUCCAACACCGUCUUUGUUGGCCGUCUCUCCUGGAACGUCGACAACGACUGGCUUGCUCAGGAAUUCCAGGGCUGUGGUACUGUCGUUGCAGCUCGCGUCCAAAUGGACCGUAACUCGGGCAAAUCCCGCGGUUUCGCAUACGUCGAGUUCUCGUCGCCUGCAGAGGCUCAGAAAGCCGUAGAAGAGAUGAACGGCAAGCAAAUCGACGGCCGUGAGGUCAACGUCGACAUCUCCCAGCCUCGUCAGCCCAACCCCGAAAAGCGGGCCCAAGUGUUCGGCGACUCGGAGUCUCAACCAAGCACCACGCUGUUUGUCGGAAACUUGUCCUGGAACACCACCGAAGACGGGCUCUGGACCGCGUUUGGCGAGUUUGGCGAUGUCACCCACGUCCGACUUCCUACCGACCAAGAGAGCGGCAAGCCCAAGGGCUUUGGGUAUGUCGAAUUCGGGGACCAAGAGGGUGCUACCAAGGCAUACGAAGCUAUGAAGGGCAAGGACCUCGACGGACGAACCUUGAGGUUGGACUACUCUCAGCCCCGAGGAGCAGGUGGAGCAGGCGGCGCACGCGGUGGCCGCGGUGGAGGACGUGGCGGAGGACGUGGCGGGUUCGGAGGCGAUCGUGGAUUUGGAGGCGAUCGUGGUGGACGAGGUGGUGGAAGAGGCGGCGGGCGUGGUCGCGGUGGAGGACGAGGUGGUCCCCGUGGUGGAGCUCGUACCGGUGGUGCUGUCGAGUUCAGGGGUAACAAAACCACUUUCUAA